AUGAAAAUCUAAAAAUUGCAAUAAUUGCGGGAACAUGCCUAUUAAUUCCAGAUGACAUUCCACCAACAUUCGAGAAAUUCAUAAGAGAAGCAUGGAAUGGUAAAUGGAUAAUUGAUGUAAUUAUCAACAACUUAUGA